AUUAUCGACAGCCCUUAUACGCGCACAGCAUGUGCAAUUGGUUAGUAAGAGAGAGAAAUGGAGAACCUGGCGACGAAAAAGAACUGGACAGAUGAGGAAAGGCUAGAGCUCGCUGCGCAGUUGGAUGCUCAGCUUGAUGAAUUUAUUGAUGGCUUGGAGAAGAAACGCUAUGAGGAGGGAUGGCCGGAAGAUCGCUGGCAGGAGGAAAUGGACAAGCAUCCGUUUUUCAUGAAACGAACUCCACAGCCAGGUGAUGAGGUGCACCCGAUGUUUGAGGGCCUACAAAAGCUCAAAUAUGAUCCGGAGGAGAACACACUGGAAGAGCUAGCACUCAAUUACAAAGAGGAUGGAAACUUUUACAUGAAGCACAAGAAAUUCCGCAUGGCCGUAUACUCUUUUAGCGAGGGCAUCAAAACAAAGUGCGAGAAUCCCGAUGUCCUGGCCGUGCUGUACAACAAUCGCUCGGCGGCCCACUACUUCAUCAAGAAUCAUCGUUCCGCGCUAAGCGAUGCACAGCGUGCCCUAUUCUACAAGCCGGACUACACCAAGGCGCGCUGGCGCGCCGCACAAUGUGCCUAUGAGCUCGAGAAGUUCGAUGUGUGCACCCAGCUCUGCGAGGAGUUGCUCGAAGUGGACAUUGAUCACAAGGAUGCCAAGGCGCUGCUACACAAGAACAAAAUGAGAAAGCUUGAUGCAGAGCGCAAUCAGCGCAAGGAAGCUGCCGAAUCCAAGCGCCGUUUGACACGUUUCCUCAAACUGAGAGAUGCCUUGGAGCAGCGUGCCACUAAAUUCGAUGAUCAGCCAAUUAAUAAACGUCCAAAUAUUACCGAGGAUCUGUUGCGUCCCAAGUUUCUGCCACUCGAGGAUUAUCCAGUGCAUUUGGAUGAUGAUGGCAGUACCCUGAUUUGGCCCGCCGCCUUCUCCUAUCCAGAGUUUCUACUCAGCGAUUUCCAACAGCAACUGCCAGAGACGGCCACCAUGCUGGAUUGCCUUAACACGCUCUUUGCCGAGCCGCUGCCCUGUGAUAAGACGUUAAGCUAUCGCCCAGACAAUGUCCAUGUCUACUAUGAGAACCGCAAGGCUGGCUGCGUGCACAAGGUGACGCUUAGCAAGACACUUCGCGAAAUUAUAAACGAGAAGGGCUUCUUCGUCUCGGGCGGCGCUUUGCUUUUCUAUGUGGUGCCCAAAGACACGCGCAUCGAACAGGAGUUUAUCCAUCAACAACGACGACCUCUGGUCUACAGUUGAGUGGAGCGAAAGAAUCUUAGUUAUUGUUUCUUGUACGUGAACAAAGCAUUGAUUAAGUUUUAUUGUUAUUAACUUUCAUUUGUAUAAAGUUUAUUAUAUAUAAGUCACGGUACAAUUGAGCCUUAAUUGCGCUAUAAAGAAGCUUUUUCAAUAUCCAUAGUUAAUAUCCUUGCAGAAGAAGCUAAAACGCCUUAUGUCGCUAUGACACAUAUUUUUAUAUGGUAUAAUAAACAUUUCUUUUGUAUAAUCUGGACUUUUUCAAUUCUUUAUCCAGUAUUUAAGGAGUAGGAUGCAUGUAUAUCGCUUUCGUAGCGCGGCGGGCUAAAUGAAUGCACUAUGAGCUCGAAAAUCCUGGAAGAUCUGAGCUUGGCGCAAAUUACAGAAGCAUUUGCAGCAUAGAUACAUAUGACCCGACGAAGCCGGGUAAUUUCUUCUAGUACUACAUAAGUGUAUAUAUUAAAAUUAGAACAUUUUCGGCAGGGGCCGAAUUAUCUUUUCGCGUAUUCUAACUAAUUUAGUUUAACAAUUUGUUGAUAUGUUUGCAAAGCCAAAAAGCGUAGGGCGGCCACUCAAAGCGGUUAACAUUUUGACAAGCACUUGCCGGGAUUAUGUUUAAAUAAUUUAACUAGAUUAGUUCGAAUAUAAAUGAAUGUGUUGUAAAUGUAAAGCGUUUAUCGGCAAAUAUGGACUUAAUACUAGCGCACAUUUUAAAAUUGAGCUGAAGGAUUUGAACAACCGAAGCCUAAAGCAGCUGCCUUAACAUCUAAAUAAGCUAAUUUCGUUUGUAGAAUAAGUCAACAAUAGUUUGUGUAUAUAUGAAUAAAAGCGUUUCAAUAUAACUCUAUAAUUGAGCAUUCUUAGAUCUGAUAUUUUGACAUAGACACGCGUUCGCAUUUGUAGACAAAAAACCAAGAGACACAACAUCGGAUAUCAGAUAUGGAAUAUACUAGUUUCAUGAAUGAUAUGAUUUGCUUAUAUAUAGGUGUACUUAUUUGUAAGCUAAGCAAUAAUAUUUUGUGGCAAAUCAGACCAAUGCUAGACUAAUGCUGCAUUGAGAGCGUAUUUGAUACAAUCGUACUAGGUAAAAGCUAAAACUUAAAACACAUUUAGAGGCGGCAAAUCACAUGCGAGAACAUAAAUACUAGCGUUUACAUUUAACUUAAUGC